UAUGGUAUCUGUUUAAUUUACGAAUUGACAUUGAUGAUGUAUAAUAACCUUUUUUAAGUUUCUGGUUUUUCAAUAUAAUGCUUUAUGCUGUAAUGUUUUCUUUAUUGGAGCUGUAGCUCUUUCAGUGGUUAGAGUCAAACAAGAAGCUUGAAUUUGGUGAAAGAGAUUAUGUUUCUAAACUCGAUUUGAUUGCCAAGUUACAUGGCCUCCAAAAGGCAGAGAAAUACAUUGAGAGUGUUCCAGAAUCUUUUAGAGGUGAGCUAUUAUACCGAACGCUGCUGGCUAACUGUGCUGGUCGGAGCAAUAUAAUGGCAACUGAGAGAAUAUUCAACAAAAUGAAGGACUUGAAUUUUCCACUUACAUCAUUUACUUGUAACCAGUUGCUGCUUUUGUACAAGAAUUUGAACAAGCAGAAAAUGGCUGAUGUGUUACUACUGAUGGAAAAAGAGAAUGUCAAACCUUGUAUCUUUACUUACAGACUCUUAUUAGACACGAAGGGCCACUUCAAUGAUAUUGCUGGAAUGGAGCAAGUAUUGGAGACAAUGAAGGUGGAAGGGAUUGAGCCAGACAUCCAAAUUCAGGAACUCUUGGCUAAACAUUACACCAAAGCUGGGCUCAAUGAAAAGGCUGAAACUGUACUGAAGGAGAUAGAAGGUGAAAACUUGAAAGAGAAUCGGUGGCUAUGUGCAACAUUAAUUCGUCUUUAUGCAAACCUGGGAAAGGCCGAUGAAGUGGAGAGAAUUUGGAAGGUUUGUGAAUCAAAUCCUGGGGUUGAUGACUGCCUUGCUGCAGUUGAAGCUUGGGGAAAGUUAAAGAAAAUUGAAGAAGCUGAAUCAAUUUUUGAUAGGGCGUCAAAGAAAUGGAAACUUAAUUCCAAGAAAUACUCAGUUCUUCUGAUGAUUUAUGCAAAUAAUAAUAUGCUAAAGAAGGGUAAGGAUCUUAUUAAGCGAAUGGCAGAUAGUGGGAUCAAUAUAGGCCCUUUUGCCUGGAAUGCACUUGUGAAACUGUAUAUCGAAGCAGGUGAAGUUGAAAAGGCAGACUCUAUUUUGCAGAAGGCAAUCCAACGGUAUAAUAUGCGACCAAUGUUUAGCACCUAUAUGACUAUUUUAUGGCAGUAUUCAAGAAGGGGCGACGUCCAUAACUCGGAGAAGAUUUUUCAUGCAAUGAGAAGUUCUGGAUAUACAUCUCGAAUAAGUCAGUUUGAAGCUCUGAUACAGGCAUAUAGAAACGCCAAGGUUCCAGCUUAUGGUAUUAGAGAGAGGAUGAAAUCUGAUAACAUAUUUCCCAACAAAUCAGUGGCUAACCGGUUGGUUGAAGUUGAAGCAUUUAAGAAAAAGGCACUUUCCGAUUUACUUGAUUGAGAAAAUUGGUAUAUUCGGUAUUAUGUGACAGUUGUUUCAACUCUUUCAAUGCAACUAUUAUAUUGUUAGUUAGUAAAAUUGCAGAUUGCACAAUCUAAGUUUGGAUGUUUAGUCUUGUACUGCUAUUUACAUGUUAGCAGUUUUGUAUUUAAGCAUAUAUAUUAAUGUUUAGGUCCUGGUUUUAGGAUUCUGUAA